AUGGGAACCUACGGCUUGAACUUGAGGGAAUAUGGGCCGUCAGCCUCGCCAACGGCCUGUGUCGUGCCACUUCUGUCCCGCGGAGUUCAGUGCCAAUCUCAAGACCCACCCCGGCUUACACCAACAGCUACAACUACCGCUUCCGUGUCACGGCCGAUUGCUAAGCGUGGAGAUGCGCCGCCUACGGACCGGGAAGCGGAUAUUCUUAGUCGCUUAGAAAGGCUGGAGGCUCUUCUUGCAGAGAGGAACAACCAGACUGACAGCAACACUCCUACAGCGUCGACUGCCUCGAGUAAUUAUGGCAAUGACGCUGUACCAGGAACGAGAAUUCAGACGCAGCCCCGAGAGCCACCACGGCCUUUACCUGCCAAUGUCCAGAAUCUCACUGCUGACGCUCUUUGGCUCGAAAGGACAUGUCUUGGUCCAAAACCAUCAGACUCGGUACUAGUAGAUCAAGUGGCAUUUCGUAUUUGCCCCAUCCAAUCCAUCACGCAACCAUCAUCUUAUAUAUUCCAAAACUCAAGCGUUCCUUCGGGUCUACUUUCACUGGAGCCUACAAGAUGCAUUUGGUUGCCUCAGCGACAUGAGAUCAAAAUACUGAUUCAUAAGUAUACUGCAGUCAUUACAUAUAUGCAUCAUGUUAUCCACAACCCUACCUUAUUCAAAUUGGUCGAUGAAAUUUAUGAUACCAUCGAAAAGGGGGAAGAGGUCCAAUUAUGUCAUGUUUUUCUCAUGCUCGCAGUCUGUACCAAUGUCACAUAUGCUUGGACAGCGACAGAUAAUGAUAUAACUCCCCUGUUCUCGAACUUUUCAGAGGCGAACAAUCAGGCUUUUGGAUGGCUCAAGGCAACUUUUGAUGUGUUUGAUGCAGCUCAGCGAAGGGCUGAAACGGGUUUGGAAUUGGCACAGGGGCUCAUCAUCGUUAGUUUCGUCCUAUUGAACGCUGAAGGCGUUUCACCACGGGGCCGAAACUGCUUCUUCCAAGCUAUCACGAUAUGCCGUGAGCUUGGCAUACAUCGUCUCGAUCAUCCACACCAACAGCCUUCAACAUCAAUCACCCAAUACACCGAUCUGAAGGCGGAGAUAGCUCGACGAGUAUGGUGGUAUCUCGUUGGAACAGACGCAAUGAUAUCACGGUUCCCGGGCCCCCAUGAGGGCACCUACAUGAUCAAUCCUCGUCAGAUGAACAUAAGAAAACCCCUGAACGCCAAUGACGAAGACCUCAUGGAAGGGAAAGUUAUGGUGGGAAAACCACUGAACCAAUCAACGAGCAUGUCCUAUUUCUUGCAAAGAAUACAGCUUGCUGAGGUAAUAAGAGAUUUUACCGACCGAGCGCCCCUCUCUUCUCCAAGCCAGGACAGCAACCCUUACGAUCUUGUCCUAGAGAUAGAUACAGCCAUUGAGCGUUUCAUCGAUGAGCUUCCCCACUUCCUCAAGUUAAAUGCGAGAGAGCUACAGCAAAUGCCUUCGGACGAUAUCCAACGACGGCCAGGCAUUGUCGUUCAACGCCAUAUCAUGAAAAUAUUCACAUACGGACAGAGAUGCAAGCUCCAUCUCCCCUACUUGGCCCGUGGGGCUGUAGAGCCCGCAUAUGCCCACUCGCGGAAGGUUUGUCUUGACUCAGCACGAAUGGUCAUCCAGACCGAACAGCAGCUGGAGGCAGAGAAUACGACGUUCAACUCGACCAGACUCCGACUCUGCUUGGUCUUACACAGUGUCUUUAUUGCCAGUAUAGUCCUUCUCUUGGAUUUCUGUCUCGGUGUCGAUGCCCACGAAAAAGAAGAGAGACGACAAGACUUGGUUGAAGCAUGGAAUAUUCUGGACGCAGCAAAGGAACAUUCCAAGCCUACAGCUCGCAUACAGGAUCUUUUGAGGCAGGUGAUGAAGAAACACAAAGUAUCGUUGCCAGUGUGCAAAGCAAAUGAUCGGCACCCUCGGAGGCAGGUGGGUGAAAAUCUUCCGCCCACGCCUACUUCGUCAACAGCAAUAAUGUCAACGGGAACAACACCCAGUGAUAUCAGGGUUUCUGCCCAAGAGUUGAACGAUCUGGGAUUGGGAUUGAACACAGAUUUGGAUGGAAUGGACUGGGAGAACUUGCUCUGGGGUUUAGAAGCUCCUAUGUUUUAA